AUGCAAGUCGAUCGACAACAGUUCAGAGAGGAAGGUUACAACAUUCUGCGAUCGGUCGUGCCGAAGGUAGAACUCGAACCGUUGCGCCGUAAUAUCGAACACAUGGUCAGUCGGAGAAAGGAACUUUCUGCCCAACGACGUUUUCCCACCGAUCCACAAGGCGGCGAUUGGGAGAGUUCUGCCCAACCGCGCCUGCAAUUUGACACCGACUGCGAUGAAGUGUCUGGUUCGGCAAUCGAAUUUCUGCUUCAUGAAAACACGCUUGGGGUUAGCCAGCAGUUGAUGAAAGCAGAACACGUCGCGCCGCACCAAUUCGCCUGCAUCUGUAGUGGCAGUCGAGAUGCCGGUCCGAUGCAUUGGCAUCGUGACAUCGGUCCCGGUGAACCUGCUCCACUGCGUGGAAUGAUCUCAAAUAUGGAACACCACGGACCGAGUUAUCUCCAAUGGAAUAUCGCCUUGUAUGACGACAGUGUAUUCUGGAUUGUCCCCCGCAGCCACCGCCGGAUUAAUACUGAGGAAGAGCACAAACAACUCGCAGAAAAUCCGUCUGUUCCAUUGCCGGGUGGAAUACCUGUUGAACUGAAUGCUGGAGACGGUGUCGUGUACACACAUCUAUUGCUGCACUGGGGAAGUUAUUACAGCAGUAAGAUGCGACGUACACUGCAUCCGGGUUAUCGCCCAUUCGGAUUUGCGACUUUACCCAACGUGCACUGGCGACACUGGGAACCGGGGUUCUAUCACCAUCUCUCAAAUACGGCACGCGAACAGUUUGAGGCAUGGGACGCUCUCUUUUUUCAGGAGUUCGAUCGGAUAGCCGCUAUCUUCCAUACCAUUAUCAACAGAGACGCCGACAGAUUCCGUGCUGAACUGGAGGCGUUGCAUCCGUCGCCAUACGAGGGGAUGGUGAGCAUCGUCAUGCUUUCAAAACUGGCUGGCAAACUGAAUAACUUGAAGCACACAACUGCGAAUCCUGCCUCCUGUGGGGCAACGGUCGAGACAUCGCCUAUCUUGGAAACCACUUUACGCCUGAACAGGCAAUCGAACUGUGGCGGCGAUUCCAGCCACUUGAUGAAAAGCUGA